AUGGCAUCCCUUGACCAGAACCUGCACGUGCUGAGCAGAGAAUAUGCAGUGUCGCUUGAUGCCCGAGACCCUCUUCGCCAUCUUAGGCCCGAAUUCCUCAUCCCCUCCAAAGCUCAAUUGAAGGCUAAAUCUUUGCCGGAAGCAGAAUCAAGUGACUCGUCAUCACUCAAUGCUUCUGUCUAUCUGUGCGGGAACUCGUUGGGUUUGCAACCUAGGUUGACAUCGAUUCGCAUGCAGCAGUACUUUAGUACUUGGGCUUCACAAGGGGUUUUUGGGCACUUCAAACCUCUCAAUGAAUCUCCUCUGCCAACGUGGUUGGAUGCAGAUAUCCGGGCUUCCGAGGCAAUUGCCCCCAUUGUUGGCGCCCAAGUGUCCGAGGUUGCUGUUAUGGAAACAUUGACUGCGAAUCUACAUCUUCUUAUGUCUGCUUUCUACAAGCCUGAUAUUAAUGGCCGGCAUAAGAUCAUUAUCGAGAACCAAGCAUUCCCAUCAGAUCACUUCGCAGCAGAGUCCCAGAUUCUUCACCAUAACUUAGACCCUUCUACAUCUCUAGUCACCAUAAAACCACCAUCCCUCGCCAACUCCACGCUCACAACGGACCAAAUUCUAUCAGUCAUUACCGAGCACGCCUCCACAACAGCCCUCAUCCUUCUCCCCGGAAUCCAAUACUACACCGGCCAGUUCCUCGACAUCCCGGCCAUAACCGCCUUCGCGCACUCCCACUCCAUCUUCAUAAUUUGGGAUCUCGCACACGCAGUCGGGAACGUGCCUCUCCAGCUGCACGACUGGAACGUCGACGCGGCAGUCUGGUGCAGCUACAAAUACCUAAAUUCCGGCCCCGGCGCAGCUGGUGGUUUCUUCGUCCAUGAAAACAAUAGCAAAGUCUCAACUUCCGAAGCUGGAGAUGGGAAGAAGGAGUUUGGUAAAAGGUUAAGUGGCUGGUGGGGAAGCGACAAGAGCUCGCGAUUCGCGAUGGAUAAUCGCUUCGUGCCAAUCCCCGGCGCGGCAGGCUUCCAGCUUUCGAAUCCGAGUAUUUUGGAUAUCACGAGUUUGACAGCUUCGCUUGAAGUCUUUGAGAAAGCUGGGGGAAUGGGCCAUCUCCGAGAAAAAUCUCUGAAGAUUACUGCUUACCUUGAGAAUUUGCUUUUGAAUAUGGGAGCUUAUGAAGAGAAGGUGUUUGAGAUUAUCACCCCCAAGGAGAAAGAAGGGAGAGGAGCCCAGCUUAGUUUGAAAUUAAAAGAUGGCUUGCUGGAUGUAGUUAUGAAGGAGUUAGAGGAGAAGGGCGUGGUGGUUGAUGAGCGGAGACCGGAUGUUAUUCGUGUGGCGCCUGCGCCACUGUAUAAUAGUUUUGGGGAUUGUUGGGAGUUUGUAGAAGCGUUUAGGGAAGCGGUUCAGGUUGCUGUUAAAGCUAAGGGAGGCGAGGUGAAGGCUGAGGGGACGAGGGAGUUCGAGAAGACGAGUUGA